AUGAGUGGAGAGGAUCGAGGCUCGGCGUAUCGCUACGCUGGGCGCCCCUCGGCUUACCCUGCUGACGGCUAUGGACGAUACGAACCUGGUCUCAAGAGCUCCAUCCCCUCACGAUCAUUCGACAGGACGCACCCAGAGGAGCCGUAUGAGCGUCGCCUACCCGAACGCGUUCAUCCUGCCUACAACACUGCUCCUUCCUAUGCCGAUCCUUCUCAUCAUCCCCCUCCACCGCCAGAGUAUCGUCGACCGCCUCAGCCAACCUAUCGCUACGAGCAAGACUAUCACCGCCGCCCGACAGCACAGCAGCGCUCUGAAUACGCAAAUGACUAUCGCCGCCAACCUCUCCACAGCAAUCCUUACCGAGACAUUGACGAUAGAAGGGCGUAUGGUGAAGUGAGAUCCGACCCCUACGCCUCGCAUUCUCACCACGCCUACGCAGAUCCAUAUCAGUCAGAUCCAGUUCAUGACCUCGAUAAGCGCCGACACGCGCCUGCAUCUGCACCGGUUGCCUACGACAGGUAUGGGGUGAGAGAGGGUUCACGCCCUAUCGCCGACGUGCGUCAAGUUGUGCAAGAGCCUGCCUACCGCAGGGAGGAGUACGAUGCCUAUGCUCGCGAGAUCCAGCCUUCCUAUCGACAAGGUGCUCCACGGUCCCCCGUGCUUCCGCCUCGGCCAGUUGUGCAUGCACACGAGCGCAAAGAAGGCCUGCCGCCCCGCGACUACGAAGAAGCGCCAGCCCGCUAUGCAGAGCCACGUCAGGAACCCGAGUCCCCGCCCAGACCAUCAAUGUCGAUCUUCAACAUGCUCAAUGAUCGCUCAGCCAAUGGUGGUAGCGCUGCCUCGGUUCAUUCGAGCCCGGCCAAGUCGGUCGCCGCUGCUGAGACAGAUGCAUACACAUCAGCCUUGCCAGCAACCAGCCGUAGCUCUCGUGCGGCUUUCGACCCAGCCAGAGAAUAUGCCAACAGUACAGCACGAAGCGCUGCCGCCUGUUCGCGCAGUCGCGAAGGACGAUCGCGCAGGCUUGGCUUCAUUCCCGAUCCCGAAGACGAGCCAUCACUCGCACGUCAAUCCUCGGUCAACAGGAUGUCAAUUGACGGUCCAUCUGUUCGCGUCAAGCAUGAAGAAAGGGCCGCCUCGUUGCAUUCGUCUGCACCUGUCGAGACGUCGCCUGUAGAGCCCUUGCAAGACAACAAACCGUCCGACGCAUUCUUCGCAAAGGCUUCAGCGCUCGAAAGCUCGACCCUUUCUGGGAACAAGGCAGACAACGCCCAUCCAUCUUCAAAGUCAGCUCCGGCCAAGACACUUCUCAAGCUCCGCAACACUCCCCUGCCAGCAUCCAAGAGCAACGCGAGCUUCCUCGCACCUCCACCGCCUGCAAAGAAGCAUCGCGAUCCCGAUGGCUGGGAAAGCGAUCUCUCAAAUGGCGAGAAUCAAGCAGUAUGGCAACUUGAGCUCGACGAUUAUGUCUUCGACAUGCGGGAGCGCAUGCGACUCAUCGAAGAUGCUUUUGAGGCAACUCUGCAUGAGAAGCACGUCGAGGUUGAGAAGCGUCUGGCACGCGCCUACGAGGGUCGACACUUUGCAAUCAUUCGACAGCUGCGCAUCCGCGAGCAGCAAGAGGCUUCGCAGAGGGACGCUGAGCGCCGCAAAGACCAUGUGCGACAGCAGCGUGACCAUGAGAUCGAUCUCGAGCUUCUCGAUACUCUAGACGAUGGCCAACCAGGCAAGAAGAGGAGAGGAGGCCACGAUGGUGAUGAUGAAGUCGACGAGCUUCUCCAGGGCGACGAAGAUGACGACAGCGACGACGUUGCGCUUGCCGACAUUGCUGCCCGUGCCAACGGCUCCAAGGCCAACAUCAUCAAGCUCAAGCGCAGCAAGGGCAAGCUCGGUUCUGUCGAUCCUCGAAGCAAGAAGCGCAGACUCGAUGGCGGCGCAGCUUCAUCCUCAGCUCCUGGUUCGGACGCCGACUCGACACUUGCCGACCUCGCUGACAUGGAGGGGGACGAUUCGGUCUUUGCCUCUCGUCAAGGUUCCCCCACAUUGGACGACGCCAGCUUUGCUCUGGACUUGGACGCCGCUGGCAAAGUGCCUAUCGACGCACGUCGAGCACAGCAGCUCGAAGAUGCACACCGACGCAUCUGGUCCACUAUCGCCAAGCGUGAUAUCCCCAAGGUGUACAGGACCGUCCUGGCCAGCUCUUCAAGUAAGACCAUGUAUUGGCGACGUCUGUCGAGCGUCGUUCAGCGAGAGGCCAAGCGAGGUGCUGCGCGUAACAACAAGACGGUCAAGGAUGUUCAGCUCCGAGCCCGUAAGGUCAUGCGUGAGGUGCUUGUCUUCUGGAAGAGGAACGAAAAGGAAGAGCGCGAACUGCGCAAGAAGGCCGAGCGCGAAGCCGUCGAGAAGGCCAAGAAGGAGGAAGAAAUGCGUGAGGCCAAGCGACAGGCGCGCAAGCUCAACUUCUUGAUCUCACAGACCGAACUUUACAGUCACUUUAUUGGAAGCAAGCUGAAAACCGCCGAGGCCGAAGAGUCCGAGGAGACAGCCGGAAGCAGCAAGAUCAUCGACCCCAAUGCACAGCCAUCUGAUGCCACUGUUCCUCCCAUCAAUCCCCAUGCUGAGGUUGCGGACGCCGAAGCAAGGCUCGCCGAGCUUGACGAAAUCAACUUUGACGACGACGACGAGAGCAACCUGCGCGCCCACGCUGCCCGCAAUGCUCAGGAAGCAGUGCGUCUCGCCAAGGAGAAGGCACAAGCUUUCGACGUCGCAGCGGCCGAAGAACGGAGACGAAAUGAGGCUGCUGCUCGUGAACGCGAGGGGCUGGAUGCAGGUCCCGGCAAGCAGAUUGAGGAGAAGGACCUGGGCAAGGCCUUCGAUUCAGACGACAUGAAUUUCCUCAACCCGACGUCGAUGGGACAGAGCGACGUCAAGCAGCCCAAGAUGCUUACAGCCCAGCUCAAGGAAUACCAGCUGAAAGGUCUCAAUUGGCUCGCCAACUUGUACGAGCAAGGUAUUAACGGUAUUCUUGCCGACGAGAUGGGUCUCGGUAAGACAGUCCAGUCCAUCUCCCUCAUGGCCUACCUUGCCGAGGUGCACGACAUCUGGGGUCCUUUCCUUGUCAUCGCACCCGCCUCUACCUUGCACAACUGGCAGCAGGAGAUCAGCAAGUUCGUCCCCACGCUCAAAGCUUUGCCGUACUGGGGCAAUGUCAAGGAUCGUGCCGUGCUGCGUAAGUUCUGGAACCGCAAGCAGAUCUCGUACAACCGGGAUGCUCCCUUCCACGUACUCGUCACCAGUUAUCAGCUGGUGGUCUCGGAUGAGAAGUACUUCCAGCGAGUCAAAUGGCAGUACAUGAUCCUCGACGAGGCACAGGCUAUCAAGUCGUCGAGCAGUAUCAGGUGGAAGACCUUGUUGGGUUUCAACUGUCGUAACAGAUUGCUCCUCACAGGUACACCCGUGCAAAACUCAAUGCAGGAGCUUUGGGCGCUUCUUCAUUUUAUCAUGCCUUCGCUCUUCGACUCGCACGACGAGUUCAGCGAAUGGUUCUCCAAGGACAUUGAGAGUCAUGCCGAGCAGAAAGGCACCCUCAACGAGCACCAGCUUCGACGUCUGCACAUGAUCUUGAAACCAUUCAUGCUGCGUCGUAUCAAGAAGAACGUGCAGAACGAGCUGGGCGACAAGAUCGAGAUCGAUGUCUUCUGCGACCUCAGCGCGCGUCAGAAGAUGCUCUACCGCGGUCUUCGAGCCAACAUCUCGGUGGCCGAGCUUAUGGAUCGUGCAACAUCGAACGACGAAGCUGGUCUCAAGAGUCUGAUGAACCUUGUUAUGCAGUUCCGUAAGGUUUGCAACCAUCCAGAGCUCUUUGAGCGAGCAGACGUCCGAGCACCUUUCGCUCUAGCCGACUUUGCCCGCUCAGGUUCUUUGGCGCGCGAAGGCGACUUGCUCAACUUGCCUGACUCGACCACCUCAUUGAUCGAGCUGCAGGUGCCGAAGCUUCUGGUCAGAGAGGGCGGUCUCUUCGACCUGCCUGGUCACAAUAGUCGCAAAGGGUUCGACACAGGCUACUUGCAGAACCUGUUCAACAUCUGGCGGGCUCCUCACAUUUACGAAUCGUUGCAGCAGCAGCGUUCUCCGUUUGCCUCGUUGCCAUUGAUCGGCGUAUCCUCGUUCGAUGCCGAAAGAGCCUUCCGUAGCACCGGCAUCAAGCGCAUUCUAGCUGCAGCAGCAGAUGAACGACGUUGGCGCUCGAUCGAAGCUUUCGCAAGCGACGACGAGUUUGCUGCUGCUUCUAUCCGACCCAUUGCCAAGAUGCUUCGACCGAUGCCGACCAACUCGGGCAGAGCGCCUUCGCUGCUGAUGCCGUUGGAAGAAGUGUCCGCUGACUACCGCCGACAUUCUUACCUGGCCAAGGAUUCAGCCCGUGCCGUGGUCGCACCAGCUGUGGCGCCGCCCAUCCGACUAUACAGCAAUGACGGACCCUUCAUGCAGGCCCAGGAACGCUUUUCACACGACCCACAGGUCUCGGCGACGUUGUUCGGUCUAUCCCUUGAAGGGCGUGAAUCGGUCAAGCGCGUGGAAGAGCUGCAGCGCGAGCUGCCAGACGUGCCUCCGCAAGGUGUGAUGCGUAACUCUUCCAUUGAUCAGCUACCCUACAACGGCAUGCAGGUCCCGCAGAUGAACAAGCUUAUUGUCGACUCGAGCAAGAUGGCCAAGCUGGACGAGCUGCUCAGGGAGCUCAAGGCCAAUGGCCAUCGAGUCUUGAUCUACUUCCAGAUGACGAGGAUGAUUGAUUUGAUGGAAGAGUAUCUCAUCUACCGCCAGUACAAGUACCUGCGUUUGGAUGGUGCUUCCAAGAUCUCAGAUCGACGAGACAUGGUCACGGACUGGCAGACCAAGCCAGAGCUCUUCAUCUUCCUGCUGUCAACCAGGGCCGGUGGUUUGGGUAUCAAUCUCACGGCAGCCGAUACCGUCAUCUUCUACGAUCACGAUUGGAACCCCUCGAACGACUCACAGGCCAUGGACCGAGCGCAUCGUCUCGGCCAGACCAAGCAGGUGACGGUCUACCGUCUCAUCACCAAGGGUACCAUCGACGAACGCAUUGUUCGCCUUGCGCGAAACAAGAAGGAGGUGCAGGACAUUGUCGUCGGUACCAAAGCUUACAGCGAGACAGGGAUGGCCAAGCCGCAAGAGAUCGUCUCGUUGCUGCUCGACGACGACGAGCUUGCCGAGUCGAUGCUGCGCAAGAAGCAGGCCGAAGAGGCACAGAAUGCGCAGGACAAGGCCGACUCUGCAAGGGCCAUGGUGGCCAAACGUCGACUCAACAAGGAUCGCGCCGCGGCUGCAGCUCGAUCACCUGGGCCGGCGGCCAAUACGCAAUGGUCGCUCGAGGAUGACGAGGACGACUUCUUUGGCGCUCGUCCACCUAGCAAGGGUGACACAGACACGGGCGAGACCACGCCGCAGCCUCAGUUAAAGAAGCGCGGUGGAGCAUCGUCGUCGAAGCGUGGCAGGGUGAGCGAGGCAGUGUCGGAACGCAUGACGCCUCUUGACUUGGACGGUGACGUCUCGAUGGAGCCAUCGCCCUUGAAAGCUGCGCCAGGAAAGCGAAAGUCCAAGAGCCAUCGCAAGAAGACGGUCGAUGAGCUGGCCGGCCUUGAUCUGGAUUAG